AUGGCCGACGAAGCAUCCUCUCCGGCUGCGGCCAUAUCGCCAAAGGCCGACGCCGGCAUCGAUGACGAUGUUGCGAAGGCCGCGGCCACUCCCGAGCCUGAGGCGUCUGACCCUGCUGGUCCGGAUGGCGAGGAGGCUGGAGACAACGGUGACGAUAACGACGACGCACCACAGACUGUCGAGGAUGCCGGCGGUGCAUCCGGCGAUGACGACGAAGACGAGGAGCAGCUGUCGGAUGUCGACGAAGACUUUGAAGACUACGACCCGGCCACGGCCGAGAUUGAGGAGCGGCCAGUGACGAUUGACGAGGAAGCGGCACGCGGGCUCAAGGCCACAAAACGCAAGCGGGACGGCACCGAAAAGCCACGGAAGCCCAAGGAGGGCCGGCGGGAGAAGAAGCGGCGCCCAGCGGCGGGCGAUGGCGGUGCAGCGCCAGGCGCGGGCGACAGCGACGAGGCGGCCGAGGGGUCCAAUCGGGCGCGUAGAUCGCGGGCCGAUGACGGCGCUGCAUCGGCCCCCCGACGGAAGAAGUCGGCGUCGCCCGAGGUCAACGAGGAGGACCUGACGCCUGAGGAGCGCCGGAAGCGUGCGCUCAACCGGGCCAUUGAUCUGGCCAUCCGCAACCCCAACAAGCGGAGGAGAAAGCAGGAUGAGGAUGAUCUCGAGAAGAUGGCCGAUGAAGAGAUUGCGCAGCUCAAGAUCCGCAUGGAGCGUGCGUGCAUGGCGGACAUUGAUGCCCGUGCCGAGGGCCGCCCGGCCGUCAACAAGCUGCAGCUGCUGCCGCAGGUGCUGUCGGUCCUCAACCGCAACGACAUUCAGGAGACCAUCCUCGACCCGGAGACCAACUUUUUGCAGUCGCUCAAGUUCUUCUUGGAACCGCUCAACGACGGCUCCCUGCCCAGCUACACCAUCCAGCGCGACAUCUUCACCUGCCUCACCCAGCUGCCGAUUGAAAAGGACGCCCUCCUCAGCAGCGGCAUCGGCAAGGUCGUCUUGUUCUACACGCGCAGCAAGCGUGCGGAGCCCGCCAUCAAGCGCAUGGCCGAGCGCCUGGUGGGCGAGUGGAGCCGCCCCAUCCUCAAGAAGACGGACGACUUCAAGAAGCGCCACAUUGAAACGCGCGAGUACGACUACCGCGCCGCCCGCCUGGCCGAGCAAAAGAGCGCCAUGGGCGGUGCCCCCGGCAGCCAGUAUACGCAGACGCUGGCCGAGCGGCCCAUGUCGCGCUUCGAGCUGGACCGCGAGAUGCAGCUGGCGCCGCCCGUCGUGAAUGCGAACCGGGCCACGCCCGUGGGCCUUCCACAGUCGUACACCAUUGCGCCCAAGAGCACAUUUGAUGGGCACCGCGGAGCCGACUACCGGCCGAUUGGUGCGAGCAGUGUAGCAGCUUUCCAGCGGAUGGCACAACGAGCCAAGAUGCGGAACAAGAAGAAAUAG